AAAAGAGGUACCUUUUCAAUUUUAUUUUUACUUUUAAGAUUAUUAUUAUUUUUCUCUCUUGCUAGUCACAUUAAAGAAUAGGUUCUUGUCUCAGCUUGUCCCUGUUCCUGAAACCUUUUCCCUCCUCAUCCUCUACUCCUCCUAAUCUAAUACCAACCCAAAAUUAAAUCAAAACAAAAAUCAACUCUUCGGACAGGAUCCUUACUUAUUUAUUUACUUACCUCUUAGACCUAUCACUAAAACUUAAUAAUAUUGCUAUUUAUUAAUUUUUAUUUAUUUGUUUACUUCUUGAGUCAAGACUAAGCUUAGCUAUAUUCACUAUAGUGUAACUAUUCCAUAACGAUAGUCGGUGAUAGAUACCCCGCAGUCGGUACCUAUCAUUCCCUCAUUUUCGCCCAUUUCAACCACCCUGCCACUUAUUUCCGGCGGUCAAACUCGCUACCCAGCACCGACAGACCCAAUAUUGGGGGGCAACUCCGCUUAAUCGAGUCGCACGCGUACACCAACCGAUCCCCCAUUAAUCUCUAAAACUUUGAAAUGUCUCUACACGUCGGCGACACCUCUCGGCGCGGUCGAUCACCAUCCCCGGCACGUACUAGCGAAGGUCGUGAUCGACAUCGUGGCCGCGGAGAAUCUCCUUCUAUUUUAGACGCUGUGCGAAUGCCCUCACCGCCUGCUGGCUUCAGCUACAACGACCCCGCAAGCCGCCGCUCUACCUAUGAUCGCAACAAUGGUUCUCGUGUAUCGUAUCGCCAGGGUUCGCCUACGGACGAGUCUUCCUAUUAUCGUGCUAGCCAUGACUCUUUCGCCUCGGAUGAUCCACGGUAUCCAAGGCACAGCGCCGAACGGAUAUCGAAGAGCGACAAGGAUAUGGUAGAAGUCGCACAAGACGCGCUGCGACGAGGUGCCGAUGCUAUUCUCCCUGCGAAAUAUGCGAACAAAUUCCGCGAGUCGGACAACGAUAAAGAAAGAAAGAAAGAACAGAAAAAGGACAAGUUGGACGAAGACCUGGCUUAUGGUAGUGUUGUUUCUCCUUUGGCGACGAGUCAAUACUCGAGCGUCCAGUCUCCGACGCAUGCCGGCAGGGCCAACUAUUCUAUGCCUGGUCAGUGGGCAGACGAUGGUCCAGGCGAUAUAUUGAGAUACCCACGUGUGGAUGCAUCCUAUGCGCCACCACUCCCAGACCGGCCUGAUGGACGCCGCCAACGUGAUUCGUACGGACGAGAUCCCAGGUCUUCGGGCGCAAAGGUUCUCACUAUCGACCCUAACUCGACUGGUCGCAGAGAUCGCUCUCCUCUGCCGCCUACCGGGCGGAUGUCUUCGCUGACCGUCAGCACAGGACAUCACUCAGCCUCGCUUUCUCUAUCCAGUGCACCGCCAUCUCCGCUCUUAGAAUCUUACCACGGUACCUACCAAUCCAUGUCACCGAUGCCAUCGCCGUUACUCCUCGCUUCGGAUAGCCCUAGAACCUCGGACUACAUCGAGCCGCUUUCACCUAGCCUUUCCGACGGCGAAAGUAACGGCGAGAAGAAGCGACGUCGCGCCCGCUUCCACGACCCUGUCGAUGAUGCGGCGCGCCUGGCUAAGGCUCUCAAAGGAGAGCACUUGCCUCCUGACACUGAGCCUCUAAUUGAAAUUUUACCUGGAAUGACUCAUGACCAAAUCAUGGAGUUGCGCGUCGAGUAUAAGCGGCUCGUCAAGACCGGCGCCGAGCGGAAGGGUGUGAACGUAGCCAAGCACAUCCGUGCCCGUCUAAAGGACGAAGACCCCACUCUCAUGAAGGCGUGUUACACCGUCGCGCUCGGUAAGUGGGAAUCGGAGGCGUACUGGGCCAACUUCUGGUACCACGGCGAUAAGACCCGUCGUGAGUUGCUGAUCGAGAGUUUGAUGGGCCGCACCAACUCCGAAAUCGCGCAAAUCAAAGACGCCUUCAACGACAAAAAGUACAAAGACUCCAUAACGCUGUGCAUGAAGACGGAGCUUAAGGAGGACAAAUUCAAACGCGCGGUGCUUAUGGUGCUCGAAGGGCAUCGAAUGGAGGACGUGGACGAGUACGGUCGUUUGGUUCCGAUUGAUCGCGAGCUCGUGCAGGAUGAUGUCGAGGCGCUAUACAAGGCCGUCAAGAGCGAAAAGGGAGGUGAGACUGCUAUGCUUCAGAUCGUUAUUACGAGAAGUGACAAGCAUCUCAAAGAAGUACUUCGACUAUAUGAGAAAGUGGUCGGAACCAACUUCGCUCGGGACGCGCUCAAGAAGAGUGGAAACCUUGUGGGCGAGGUCUUGGCUCAUAUCCUCAAUGGCAUCAUCAACAAGCCCGUUCGUGAUGCACUCUUGCUACACCAUGCUCUCACCGCAUCUAGGAAAGACCACUUGCGCCGAGAACUCCUCAUUUCCCGUCUCGUCCGCUUCCACUGGGACCGUCACCACAUGGCCGCCGUCAAGCGGGCCUACCGUGAGCGCUACGGAGUAGAUCUCGCGGAAGCAGUGAAAGAGGGGACGAGUGGCGAAUGGGGCAUGUUCUGCGAGCAACUAGUGGUCACUCGCAUGCCUGACGACGUCAAGAGCUUUGAGAAAGUCGAAGCUACAAAAGAGAUCAGACGCUCCGACCAAGAGAGGGAGGAGAGAAUUCGCGAAAGAGAACGCGAGAUGGACCGUGAGAGCGACAAGGAGCGUGAGCGGGAAGAGAGGCACAGAAGGCGAGAGGAAAAGGAAAGAAGGAAAGAAAAAGAAAGAGAGCGGGAGAAGGAGAAGGGGAGAAGCGAGGGGUUGCUUGUGGUGAAGGACCACAAGAGCAAGGAUAGGAGCCAUAACCGAGAGAGGAGUAGGAGCCGGAGGAGGGAGUAAGCCUUUUUCUUCUUUUUUUUUCUUUUUUUUCGAGAGCAAGUUGGCUACCUACCAGUUACUUUUGAAGCGUUGGAUAAUUGGAAUCGCGCAAUGUGAUGAGGAUUGAGCUAUGCUGAAGCGAAAAUAUUUAUGAGGGUCGGCUGGAGAAGAACGAGACGAUAUUCAGGAACCUCUAUAUACGUAAUAGGUAAUUUGAUAACAUUUUCACAUUACCAUGAUAGCGUAGCCAAUGUGUUCAUUUGAAAUACGGGAAAUUUCCCGCAGGUGAGGAGAAUAUUACGAGCUGGCAUAGGACGGAAGUAGAUAUAUGUAAAUAUCUAUCUUGCCCUAGGCGGGUAGAUGAAGUUGCUUUUCUAGGGUUCGUCAUAAGAAGGAGGGGCUGACCCAACCCAACCCAACCGGUGCCGGACAGCUUUUUUUUUUCUCUCUCAAAGCAUAGCAAAUAAAAAGAGAAAAAUAAC